AUGGGCAUGCCAUUUGAAGGAUGGGGUGAACAAGAAAAGUCCCGUACAGAUCAUGCGCGCAAGGCAAUCCUACAGUGUCCACGAGGGCCUUUAGGCUGUGAAUCUCGUCAGCUUCAGCGAGUCAACCUAGCUUUAGCACGCGAGGACAAACGAUUACCUGAGGAACAAAUUUCUUUUACUGCUAACAAAAUGCUCAAGUACGUCUACCAAAUUAAAGAGAAGCUCGGAUGCAAAAGUUUUCGAGGAAAAGGGAACAUAGGCUCCACUUAG